GCAACAAACUGCUAGUAUUAUCAAACUGAAUCACGUUUGUGACAAAGUGCUUUUUCGCAUAGUGGAAAAAACUAUAUGUUACUGUCAGUGCCAUGCCGCAUCGAUCAUCGAAUAUUUCGUCGAGGGACUUUACUUUUUCACAACCGGAAGAUCAUCGUCGUACCGGAAGAUACGUCGCGGGUGGAACGGCUCUUGCAUUUACAUUGCUCGGACUACAUCAUCUGUUUCUACAGGGUACGUCCACUAUAGCGGGGGUGUGCGUACCCGCUAUCAUAAUGGCAUCGUACAUAAUUUGGGUGCUGUAUUCUGCUCGCAGAGAUAGACGGAAGGCGCUAAGAUUUGCUAUGGCAAUGCAGCUCACUGAGGUUAUUACUGUGCCUUCCAAGUCUACAUCUGACGCUAUUUGCAAAGAUGCUAAUUGUAAAAGCGAUGGCAACAUUGAGAAAAACUCGUCAAAUCCCUACAAAUCGCAGAACAUUCGCGAAAAUCCAACUUUUUUUGACAAAGAUGAAGUAUGA